AUGGGAUUUCAGGACUACAAUCAGAGAUUAAUACAAAACUGGUAGAUAUCAGGAGUGACGAGUUGAGAUUGAGCAGAAAAGACUACUCUAAAGACUGGAUGACCCAAGUCAGCUAGAAAGAUGAGUUCCAUUAACACCAUACUUUGGCUACUGCUCCUUGCUUCAUUUGAUCUUUUACUCUCCUAUGCAUCUGAUAGCCCGAAUGGAGUUUGUAGUUCUAUGGGUGGCCGGUUUCCUCCAUACACAAUCAAAGGCAAACCUCCCAGGAGAGUUAACAAGGGCCCCAAAGAUUUGACCCUUUGCAGGAUGUUCCGUAAAAGGACUUGUUGUGAUGUGACACAAACACAUCCAGCAUUCCUGACCAUAAGGAAACUAGCUUCUACAGGGGAAGCAAGUGAAGAUUGCCUUCAGUUGUGGGAAUUACUGGAGUGUUCUGUCUGUGACCCAGAAGUUGGUGUACGAUCUGGCCCUCCUCUUGUAUGUUCUACGUUCUGUGAUAGAGUGUACGAGGCAUGCUCUAAUGCAUAUUUUUCAAUGGAUGUGAGCACACAGGUUUUAGCACCUUGUGGAGUGAACGACUUCGUUUGUGGGAGGGCUUCUGAGUGGAUUUCUAAUGGCUCUGAGCUUUGUCGUGCAUCUGGUUUUUCAGUGAAGCCGCUGUAUGAUAAACAAGAGAGAUCUUGUUAUGGUGGGAAAUCAAGUCUAGAUGCCAUCGCUGAUGCAUGGAAGCCCUCAAGAUAUAAAGAUGUGCAUCAAACCAAAAAUUCUGGGGUAGCAAAAGGUUUGCAGCAGUGGGUGAGGGAAGUGCUAUCUAACGAAAAAGUUUCAUGGGCAGUGGCAGGAAUGGUUCUUACUGCAGGGGUUUUGUUCAAAAGUAGAAGGAAGAGACGGCGGCAACACCAGAUACAAGCUGCAAUUCAGCGGAACGCAAGGAAAAUUGACCGAAACCUGAAGCCAAAAUCCCCUGAUGGUCAAACAAAUAGAAUAGGUAGUCGGAGAUGAUAGACCCCUUGAGUUUCGUCAGCUUACAUGAUGUGAUAUAGGAGGCUGGGGAAAGAGGCUCUAACCAGUUUAUAGAAGAUUAGAAGUAAAAUUUUGAGUAUGCAGACAAAACGGGAUACUUGUAGCCAUAUAGCAAGUAUCAGUUUCUAAAAAAAUCCUGGUGCACUUUGGCCUUUUGUACUUCAAGAUAAUAUAAGAUUGUGUUUAAAAGAAAAAUAUGUGUUGCUAUACACUCUAAUCGUCUAAGAUACACCAGGCUCUUUUGGUAUAUAACAAUGUUCUAGAAAUAGCUAGAUGCAUAGGCGGCGAGACUACCUUCUUGGGGACUAGUCGGCUAAAAGAAGGUUAAUCGAAAUAUUAGUUGGAUGUAUUUUAAGACGACUUCUCAAUGCUACCUUUGUCCCGAGCAGUUCUUUA